UGGCCGCUCUCAGGUUCCUCUCUGGUCAAAGUGACAGUAGCCUAACCUAAUCUAACCAUAUUCUAAGAUAUUGGUUUUGUUCGUGUUUGUUGGCGUUCGUCGCGGUUGUGGUGGGUUGCGGAUGAUUUGAUGUCAAUCGUGUAAAGUAAUAGAAAAUAAUAAUGGAAGCGUGUAACGCCGUUGAGCGCGAGGUAGAUAAAGUUCUGUCGAAGUUCGGUGCGAUAAAUGAACAUGCGGAAACAGUGUUACGCGACCUGAUAAAUCACAUUCAGUCGCUGAAAAAAGAUCUGGAAGAAGCGCCACCUAAUCAGGAACUAACGGCUGGCCAAGUACAAAUGUUAAAGCAAGCAAUGACAAAAGUACGCGAUACUGUACAAAGAUUAGCAACAGAUCACCGUGAUUUGCACAGUACAGUAUCCAAAGUGGGCAAGGCAAUAGAUAGAAAUUUUAUUGCUGAUUUUGCUAGUACCAGCAGAGAAGAUGUGUUUUCUGGGCCUGAGAAAUCUCAUCUCUUGAAUCAAAUAAUCUGUCAACACUUUUACCGUCAAGGAAUGUUAGAUAUUGCCGAUGAAUUAGCAGUAGAGGCUGGUAUCAAAACCGAUGAAGGCAGAAAGGAGCCAUUUACAGAAUUAAACUAUAUAUUAGAUUGUCUAAAACAGAGAAAUCUCGAACCAGCAUUAGAAUGGGCUAAGAAACACAGAGAAGCACUUUUAGCACAGAAUUCUUCUCUUGAAUUUAAACUACACAGAUUACAUUUUAUAAGAUUAGUUCAGCAAGGUCCUAGUAAGCAAAGAGAAGCUAUACUAUACGCCAGGCAAAACUUUAAGCAGUUUGUCGGGCGUUACGAGAAAGAAGUGCAAUCUCUGAUGGGAACGUUCCUUUACUUACCGAACGGGAUUCAAUCGUCUCCCUAUAGUCAUUUAUUAGAUCCAACUUUAUGGCUCGAAAUACAUGAUGUUUUCACUAAAGAAGCGUGUACAUUAUUAGGGUUAAGUGUGGAUAGUCCGUUAUCUGUUUGUAUCAAUGCGGGAUGCACUGCGUUACCCGCGCUAUUAAACAUCAAACAAGUCAUGCAGCAGAGGCAAGUUACCGGUAUCUGGAGCGGUAAAGAUGAAUUGCCCAUCGAAAUAGAUUUGGGAAAGCAGAGCCGUUACCACUCAGUUUUUGCCUGUCCCAUACUCAGGCAACAGAGUACAGAGAAUAAUCCGCCGAUGAAAUUGGUUUGCGGCCACGUCAUCUCCCGAGAUGCGCUGAAUAAGCUUGCCAAUGGGAAUAAAAAUCAAUUUAUCUCCAGGUUGAAAUGCCCGUACUGUCCGGCGGAACAAAAUCCCGAAGAUGCGAGACUUAUUUACUUUUAGACUGUGAUAUACUCUACCUACAUAUAGUAAUAUAUACAUAUAUAUACAUUAAUAUGUGUGUGAGUGUAUAAGGACUGUAUACACAUGUAAGAAAGUUAGUUUUGCAGUUUCUUUGUAACGGAUUAUAUCGAAUAUAAACGAACAAUACAAAUUACAAUAAUCAGAGAGUUGUAAAAUCCAUAUUUUACAUUUGUCAAGCAUCUCUAUUACGGAAACACUUAUGUUAUAAUUGACCAUCCAUCUUUUUUUCAAAUGCAGACAUAAAUCCGUUAAUUGCAUCGAUUUUGCAUUCAGUUUUUUAAAAAAGAAAACUAGUUUUCAGCUAUCGAAAGGAUAACGGAGAAACUGUGAUAGUUUUAAUAUUCGUGGGGUAAUUGUAAUUACGUAGUAAUAUAAUGUUGGUAGACAAUUUGUAUAUAUUACUCUAAUGUAUAAGUGACUUCAGCUUUGUACGCGAGUGACGACUUGAGAGCCGUGAAUGUCUAAUAACGCCUAACAAAUUUAUUACAAGGAUCACAAACUUGUCCAUUUCUUAUUUCAAUGUAUGUACUGGCUUAACUAUAGUUAAAUAAAAUCAUUUUGUAAA